AUGGCGUCGUCUCUGCAGCACAGUGGCGUUACAGUGAACCGGAGUGACAACAGUGGCAGUGGCAGUGGGAGUGGCGCGGCAGAUGCAACUGCACCUGAAAGUGGCUCGUCCUCACAGAAGGUGCGAACCACUGCAGGCACUCCUUCCGAAUUCAGCCUCAACUCCCCCCCUCACAAUGGCGAUGACUCUUUCUCCGACACUGACACUGAGCAGACUGCCGCCUGGCCCACCGUCCACACAGCCGAUGCAACAUUCACAACAGCCACAACAGCCGCAGCAACAACAGCAACAGCAGCAGGGCCCCAAGGUCUUGACAUUUGCCCUGAACCACCGGCCUCGCGCCACCCGCGCCAGCGUCCCCAAAGUUCGGACAGGGUGCAAAACAUAAAACGGCACGUCAAAUGCGACGAGGCCAAGCCGUCGUGUAUCCGAUGCAUCAAGUGGCAGGGAUUUUGUGAAGGAUACGAAUCAGUGCCAGCAGAUGCAACUGCGGCGACGGCAGCCGCCGCGGCUGCUUCACAACCGGCGGCGGCAUCACCGGCACGACCACAGACGACAUCUCGAGCGACGCCGACGACAACCCCCGCCGGGACACCGCCGGGCGCUCCGCGCACAUCCAACAGCCCGCGGCUGCGCGUUCCCACAGACACAAACAACUACCCCAACCCAGACGGCGCACCCUCCACGUCCUCCUCGUCGGCCACAGUAGGCUCCCGGCGGACAACGCCGGCUUCUGACGUCUCGGCCACCGAAUUCGUGCCUGUACCCGUUUCGGCAGCAGUCGCACCAAGGCAAGCAGCGACAGCAAGCCUGUCUGCCCCAUACAUAAAGCGCGAACCCGGCCUCGACGACGAAAUCGACACGCAACGUGCCCGCCUCUACCAACCGACCAAUCUGGGCGACGUCAACGGCAAAGCCAGUGUCGCCUCGCUCCCACAGCCGUCCGCACGGCAGCCGACAUGGCAGCCAAAACGACCCACGCCACAAUACCCACGUACACAGACAGCAUACAAACGCGAAUACGAAGACGACGGCGACGACAACGGCUACGGAGUCGAGGCCGAGUACGGCACCAACGAUGCCUAUGACGUCUACUAUACCCAUGCCCCAGGCGCUGUCGCGGCCCAGCGGAACACGUUUGCCCAGCCGUUUUUUGACCUGGCCCUUAUCAAUGGCGGCGUUGCGUCGUCGUCCUUCCCGCUCGAACCCAACUACAACAGUGUCAUGUUCGCCUCGCAAUGGGAAAAGGCCUACUUUGACAGCUGGCUAACACUUGCGCCGAACCUCGGCGGCGGCUGGUUCCCCUCCCACCUGUGGACCAGCACCAUCCCGCAGCUGUGCCGAGACGAGCCCGCCGUCCGCUUUGCUGCCAUUGCCAUUGGCGCCAUGGCGCAGGCCAUGUCGCCAGCCUUGCUGGGCAAGUCCUACCUCCACAUGCUCGGCGGUGAUCAACCCCCUGGCGGACAACUGCCAGGCGGUGGCGCCGCCGUACCUGCACUGCCAUCGCCCGCCGACCCCUCCGUCUCCGCCAGCAGCGUCGUGCCUCACUACCGCAACGCUCUGACGUACCAUGGACACGCACUCCGCCUCAUUCGUCUGGGCGGCGUACAGCAGCUCUACACCGGCGACAACCCCGCGACGCCUCCCUCCGCCGAGAAAGAACGCGCCGCCGUGCUCUGCUGCCUGCUGUUUGUCUGCUUCGAGGCUUUGCAGGGCAAUCGCGAGGCCGCCCUCCGCCACAUCACGAGCGGCCUGCAGAUUGUCGACCAGUUUGUGGCCCGGAACCUGCCGCCGCGCGCCCUGUCCGAGGCCCAGGCCUACAGUUCGCCCGACGAGGCCAGCCUGCUGGCCGGCACCGACAGCGACAUCGAGUGGCAGCGACGGCGGAAGCGCCAACGCCAGCGGGACCGUCAACUCGGUCUGCUGGCAGAGAAGAACGACCCGGCCGCCAGCCGCAACAGCAACAGCAACGGCAACGGCACCGCCGAUGCGGUAAGCACCACAGCCAGCGGACAAGACGGACACAACGGACACCGCACGACUCUCAGCGAAGACCGCCCCUCGGACAGCUUGACCCGCGUGUUGACGCGCUCCCCUGCGCCCUACGUCCUCGAAGACGAGGUCAUGCAGGUCUUCCGCCGCCUCGACUUCCAGGCCUGGUCCCUCGGUGUUUUCCGCCUGCGCCGCACCCGCCCGGCCGACAUCAAGUUCCAAGCCCUCGACGCUCUGAACCCCGCCACCAUCCCCGCCCGCUUCGAUACCUUGGACGACGCCCGCCGCUGGUGGGACUUUGUCCAGCACUGGAUCCUCCAGUUCCCCCGCUACAUGGUCGCCGCCCUGCAGCGCUACAUGGACGAGAAUCCGGACGCCGCCGCCCGCGCCACUGCUGCCGGCCGCAUGCUCGACAUCUGCGACGUCCCCGGCGCCCGCGAGAUCCAGCGCGACUACCUGCACUGCCUGGAACGCUGGUACGCCGCGUUUUAUCCGCUGUACGAGGCCACACGGCGCCAGGGCGCACACCCCGGUGGCAGCGGUGGCAGCGGUGGCAGCGGUGGCAGCGGCGACCCGGCGUCUGCCACGGCUGCCGCGGCCGCCGAGGCUGCCUACUUCCGCGCCGCCAGCCUCAAGAUCCCCUACCUGCUGGCGUGGAUCGGCGUCUCGUCCCUCGUCUACUCGGACUACGAGGCCAUGUACCAGCUGACGCCACAGUUCCGCGAGCUGAACCGGCUGGCCGCCCUCAUCCUCCCCAAGCAGCCCCGGUAUGCCUGGUCGCCGUUUGGCGGUGGAGCGUCCUCCAUUUUCGGGCCGCCCUCAGGCAGCCCAAGCCCCGGCAAUGGCGGCAAUGGUGGUACAGGCGGCCAAGGUGGCACAGGCGGCACAGGCGGCACAGGCAGCGGCGACCUCUUCACCAUGGACAACGGCCCCACCAUGGCCCUCUUUGUCGUCUCGUGCAAGUGCCGCGUCGAGGCCGUGCGCGACGAGUCCAUCCGGUUGCUGGCUGCGUACCCGCGCCGCGACGGGUUCUGGGACAGCAAGAUUCUGUGGGCGAUUGCGGACUGGAACCGGGUGAUUGAAGCCGAAAACGAGACCGAAGGGAGCCUCUAUGAACAAUGGCUCCGCCUGCGCCAACGCGAAGCGAUUUUCGACGAGACCAAGCCCGAGGUGCAGAUGACGGCGUGGGUCAAGAACAAGGCGACAGGCAAGUUUGAGAAGCUGACACAGACGGUCAGGUGGGAUCGGUAG